CCACCCUGCCUGGCUUAGCAGUAGAAAUGUCGGGCUUCGGUUGCGUUUGUUUGAGGUUGUACUUCAACCUCAGCUGACGUUACCUUUUUUCGCCGCUUCUGCAGAAGGACCCUGGAAGGAAGAGCUCCGGAACCAAAAAUACCGCAUGUUUCUCCGAAGUAUCGACGGGGAAGGCAAGGGCUUCGAGUACGCCAUGUUUCUGAAGCCUUCGGAGAAGAGGGUGGUGGCCGUCUUCCAAAUAGGGCCCUACCUCGAGGGGCCUUCGGGGUUUGCCCACGGCGGGGCCAUCGCCACUAUUCUGGACAGCACGGUGGGGGCCAGCGUCAUCUACAUCAGCCGCAGGGUGGUGACCGCUAACCUCAACAUAAACUACAAGAGUCCCGUGGAGUUGGGCUCCGUGAUCCUGGUGGACACCAGGGUGGACAAGAUCGAAGGCAGGAAGAUCUUUGCGAGCGGCGAAGUCUUGAGUGUGGAUGGACAGACGCUCCAUGCAGAGGCCACUGCUGUCUUCAUCGAACUGCAGCCACAGAAAGAAACGGAUUCCAGCAGCUCCCCUUAAAACAGACAACCUGGAUGCCCGCAGCACCAACUCCUGAUCCGCCUUCCUCUUCCUUAACUUUCCCACUACAAGUCCCUCUCGGAGUUUCAUCGGUUUGUUUCCUCCCUUCUUUGCACAACUGGGUGGAACAUCAGUGUUUCGAAAACUGCAACCCACACCUGUUUGGCAUGGCACCCUUUGUUGUGGAGGCGGGAGGCCGUGAAUCCCAAAAACUGUAUUUCUGGUCAGGUUGUCACCUGAUAGAUCUGUCCUUGGUGCCAUGGUUCUAAAACCCAAUGGGUGUUUUCUGGCUGCUUUCGAACUCGCUCCCCCUUUUCUUGGCCCUUCGAGGAUAUUUAUAUUUUACCCUUUCACGUGUGGUAGAUAUUUUUUCUUCUGAGGCGAGUUUCCGAACUGGUCGGAGUCGAAGAAAAUUGGAUCAGGAUUGGACCGUGGGCUCAUGGGGGCGGGCGUCUCUCAACUGGGUGGUUUCCUUGCAGACAUUUUAGGACCCAACUUUGUAGCAUCAUCGGUUUGCGGGGUGGAGGAGGAAGAGGAGGACUCUCAAACAUGAUAAUCUAAACCAGGGGUCGGCAACCUUAAAACACUCAAAGAGCCACAAAAGUCCUAACCGGAAGCUCCCCGGUCAAUUCUGGAGCCGACCAGAAGUCCGGUUCCCCCAUCAUAGAGUCUCCUAGCGUGGCGUCCAUUUUCCUCUACCUGUCCUAACCGAAAACCCUAUCAAUUGUGGAGCCACAGCAGAGGGAUGGAAGAGCCGCAUGCGGCUCCAGAGCCAGGGGUUGCCUACUCCUGAUCUAACCUUAUAUCCAGAUACACUUUUUGAGACCCGCUCUUGUUAACCUCGGAGAUAGUUUCGGAGAAUGAGGUUGAGUGACUUCAGGAAAGGAGGUGCUGAAUUGUCCAAUGGGGCAGUGUUAACAUGGUUGCUCCCCUCCUUGGUCGCCGACACCUGAGGAGGUUUCUGCCUAAGUGACGAGAAUCACAGCAUCCCGCGUUCACCAACCUCUGGGCCUCUUCCCUGGGUCUGCUCACAGUCCGUGGGGUGCACAGCCUUGUGUCUUUGGGGUGCCUGUUAAAUGCCUGCCUCUCUGCCCUGCCUUCCGAGUGCCUUACAGAAGGAUUGUUAGCACUUACCCUACUUUUACACAAUUAUUUUACCUGUUGGUUUGAGUAACAGCGUGGUGAUUGCCAAUGAGAACCAUAAAUAUAAUUUACUCUGCGUGUCUUCUCUUGUUUCGUCCUUGGGAAACAGUUUGUGUAAUUUCCUCCUUGUUCUUCCUGGUUUUUUUUUUUUUUCCUGAAAGCUGGGGGCUAAGGAGGAAAAAAAUGGCCACAGGUCAGGGAUGGAAAAAGAAGAGACCAUUUCCACAUCCGUCAGGGCAUCCGUCCAAUCUCCUGGGUGAAAAUGUGCCCACGGAUCUGGGAUUAAGGCCAGAUGAAUGUAUCCAGGUUUAUCGUGGAAGGUUCUUGGCCCACAUCAUGGCAGGAAGAAAAAAAAAUCAGCCACUUGAGGAAACUUCUCAAGUCCUCCUAGAUUUUGAGGAUGUGUCUUCACCGGAAGGAAGGAACGAUAGGCUUAAACCCAGUUGGUCCCGGGUGAAGUUCCUCGCUGCUUGUUGGAAGGGAGGAACCUGUUAAAGCUGUUGUGAGGCUUUAUGGUUCUGGAGAUUUUGUGAUGAUGCUUGAGGGGUAUUUCACUUUUAUAAAUAUAGUUUGUGUUUAUUUCGAGCACUUUGGUUUAACAUAAGACAAUAAAGAGUGCCUCUUAAA